AUGUAGUAAUAAGGAUAAUAAAUGGAAGGUGAACAAUAGUAAAGUAUUUGUGAAGACUAUUAUAUUAUUAAAACACUUGGUGUAGGAAAAUAUGGCAAGUAGGAACUUUAAAAUUAUAGAAUAGGGUUAAAUUGGGGCAGAAAGCAUAAAACCUUGCUGCUUUGAAAUUUUUCAAGUUUGAGAAUGAAUAAUAAUAAUAAAAUCAAAUACAAUAACUACUAAGAGAGACCUAAAUAUUAUAAAAGCUUAAUCAUCCAAACAUUAUCAAAUUAAUAAAGUAUAGUGAGUAACUUAAAUAUACUGUAUAAUUAUUGUCUAAAUUAGCAAAAAAAUGGUACAAUUACUUAUAAAAUGGGUUUGAUCUUAGAAUAUGGAAGUAAUGGCGAUAUGUUUUAAUAUUUGAAGCAUUUUUAAAAAUUUGAUGAACAAAUUGCAAGAUUUUAUUUUUGUUAGAUGAUUAAAGUUUUAAUUGAUAUGAAAAAUCUAAAUAUUUGUCAUCGAGAUCUAAAACUUGAAAAUAUUUAUUUUGACAAUGAAUAUAAUUUAAAAAUAGCUGGAUUUGGAUUUGCUACAGAGUAUUAAGGUUUAAUAAAUAACUUUUAUGGUGGAACAUUACGUAAUUUUAAAUCAUAAAUUUUAAGCUUAUAUGGCACCAGAACUUUUAGAAAGGAGAGAAUAUGAUGGAUCAAAAGUUGAUGUUUUUGCUCUUGGGCAAAUUUUAUUUUUAAUGAUGACUGGAUAUUUUGCAUUUUAAAAAUCGAAUCAUUUAAGUUAUAAAUUAAUUAAAGAGAAAAAUCAUUAAUAAUUUUGGUAAAAAAUGUAAAAUUAACUUAAUAGAGAAUUACCAGAUAAUUUUAAGUAUAUUUUAUGAUUUAAAAAUUUUUUUAGAGAUCUUAUUAAUAAAAUGUUUGAAUAUGAUUUUAAUCAAAGAAUAAGUUGUGAAGAAUGCUUAGAACAUCCAUUUUUAUAGGGUCCUAUAGCUAAUUUACAUGAAAUAUAAUAAUAAUUCAGAGCUGUCGAAGAUAGAAUAAAUUAAGAAAGAGACAUACAAAUUUAUAGGCAACGAGAAGAAAUUAAAAGGCAACGAGAAGAAAUUUAAAGACGACAAUAAAUUGAAAGGGAAAUGCAAGAAUAAAUGGGAAAUGAUAGUAGUACAUUUAAAUGAUAAUUUCAAAUAAUAUAUUAUAAUAAAGGAUAUAAUUUAUUUUAUAAAGUACACAUAAUAUAUUACUUAAUAAAUUUUAUGAAUGAUAUUAUUUAUAUAAAUUUUAUGAAUGAUAUUAUUUAUAUAAAUUUUAAUAUAAUAAUAAGAAUGGGGGAACUAAUAGUAACAAUUACUACAUGGGAUAAACCAAAUUAUGAAUUAUUUGAUGGAGAAUCACAAAAUUAUAGAAUAUAGGAAUAUUUGAUAGAUGAACCAGGAAUGUUUUGCAGAAAUGGAGAGAAUGAAACAUUUUUCGAUUAGAAUAUGAGUAGAAAGGAUGGAGUAAGGAUUCUAUUCAAUCUCAGAAUUGACGAUGGUAGUAUUUGGCGAGUGCAUUGUAGGACAAUUUGUUAUUGGAGAUAAAGAUUAAAUUGAAGAUUUAUGGAUUUAAUCAAAGAAUGAGUAACAAAUAAGACAAAAUGAUGUGAUAAAACUAGGAAAGAAAGUCUUAAAAGUACUUAACAUUAGUAAUGAAAAUAACUUACAUUUGACACAUUAUUAAAAUGUAGUUANUUAUGGUGGAACAUUACGUAAUUUUAAAUCAUAAAUUUUAAGCUUAUAUGGCACCAGAACUUUUAGAAAGGAGAGAAUAUGAUGGAUCAAAAGUUGAUGUUUUUGCUCUUGGGCAAAUUUUAUUUUUAAUGAUGACUGGAUAUUUUGCAUUUUAAAAAUCGAAUCAUUUAAGUUAUAAAUUAAUUAAAGAGAAAAAUCAUUAAUAAUUUUGGUAAAAAAUGUAAAAUUAACUUAAUAGAGAAUUACCAGAUAAUUUUAAGUAUAUUUUAUGAUUUAAAAAUUUUUUUAGAGAUCUUAUUAAUAAAAUGUUUGAAUAUGAUUUUAAUCAAAGAAUAAGUUGUGAAGAAUGCUUAGAACAUCCAUUUUUAUAGGGUCCUAUAGCUAAUUUACAUGAAAUAUAAUAAUAAUUCAGAGCUGUCGAAGAUAGAAUAAAUUAAGAAAGAGACAUACAAAUUUAUAGGCAACGAGAAGAAAUUAAAAGGCAACGAGAAGAAAUUUAAAGACGACAAUAAAUUGAAAGGGAAAUGCAAGAAUAAAUGGGAAAUGAUAGUAGUACAUUUAAAUGA